AUGACCAUUACUCAUAUUGUGCUGUUCAAGUUCCGGGCGGACGUAGCCAAGGAGAUUAGAGAUAGAUUUCUCUCAGAAAUCAAAACUCUCAAGUCUCUACCUUGCGUCAAGAGUCAGCGACUCAUUGUUGGAGGGCCCUCAAUCACCGAACCGGCCGAAAAGAGCAAAGGUUUCCAGUAUGCUCUCGUGAGCUAUCAUGAAGACCGCGCAGCGCUGGAUGCAUACCAAGCAAGCAGUGAACAUGAAAGAGUGACAGCAAAGUAUUUCAUUCCGUACAAAGAAGAUCUGGUUCGAUUUGACUUUGAAGUUGAUCAAGCGGACGAGCCACUGCUCGGGUUUGGAGGGAUUAUUUGA